AUGUCUAGAGGUAAUACAUCAUCAAUGAAUUCUCAGGAUAUCUUAUUUCAAUUGACUAAUGUGGGAUCCUCCCCGGUGCCUAAACUGGAUACAGGAUCCACUUCAGGGUCCAAUACCUCAUCGCCAAGAAGAUGGACAGAGCUUUUUUCUAAGAAGAGAGUGAAGACGCCUUCAGUUGGUACUCCAUCGACUGCAUCAUCCAUGAUAUCUUCCUUCUAUGAUAGUUCUCCCAUAAGACCAGUGUCAAAACAGCAUCCUAAGCACCUCCUGGUAGAUCCGAUCAUGCCGCCUCCACCCAUAAUGCUCUCUCCCAUUGGACAUGAGACCUUAGGAAAGAAGCCCACUCGAAAAAAUGGUAAUAAGUCUUGGAAAAAUGAGAGAUGUUGCAUAUGCGGAGAUCUUUGUUCGUUCAAGGGUUCUAAUGAGAAGGUAAUCCCUUUGGAGUGUAACCAUAUGUGUCAUGAAGAUUGUUUAAUGGUGAGUUUACGACCUCUUCCUCAUAAAUCAAACCUGUAUGAUGCCUUGCCGAAAUGCGACAUCUGUAGUAUGUCAUGCAUACCGGGACAGGAAGAUAUGCGACAGAAGGUAAGGUCACACUUGUUAACCUUACCUGAUGACGGUGAAAGUGUUGGACUCGAACCGUAUAAUCCUCAAGAAAACUACGAGCGGAUAAAAUUGUGCGAUGCAGACCUCUUACCCAAGCACUCAGGUAAUGAUGAAACGUUUCCACAUUUGCAGACUACUAGAACAACUGCAAGAAAUAACGAUAUCAGGUUAUCUUUUGCAUUUUCUUUGAAACCAGGGAAAACGGUUACUCCAUCUCUUCGAGAUUCCAUCCGUUUGCAUAGGAGUCGCAGUAUAAAAAGAAGAUCCAACUUCAGAGGAAGUACGGUUUCUGGCUUGUCGUCCAUCGUAUCAUCUUCCUCGAAAGAUGACUGUCAACUGCCUUCUUUGCACGUUCAAAGGCAGUAUUUCAUUCAAGCGUUUUUGAAUAGUUUUAGCGAAGUCAAGCCUUGGGAAAUUGAUGCUAAAUAUGGACUCUUACGAUUGAUAGAUAAUUUUUUGAUAUCAUUAGAUGGCAUAAAUUUCCAACACCAGGUUUGCUACCUAUUUUCGGAAUAUUUACUAGUAUGUCGACCAUCUCCUGCUACUUCGGCAAAUGUUCUUCAAUUCUCGAGCUACCGUUGUUUCCAAUUGAAUAAUCCUCCUGAACUAGAUUUAUUAGAUGCAACUACUCUUGAAUCAAAAUCUCGUUCUGGGGAAAGAAUUCUUAUUAAACCUUAUGGGUUGGAUACAAAAGCUUUAGAAAAAUGGAUAACAGCUCUAUUUGAUCUUACUUUGCCGUUCGGAAAUUAUGAUUUCACUUCGAUCAAGGUUCCCGAAUUUGUGGCUUGCAUUCCUAGCACCAAUGAUACAGGUACAAUCAUUGUCAGACGACAGAGUACCUUAAAUGAAACCCUUAUCCCUAAAACAAUUCGAGAUUCAUCCGUGUUAACCUCAAUAUCAUCCAUUUUGUCCAUCAAAAGAGCAACACCAAAUGAAUUAAAUUUGGUGUUGCAAUUAGAUAAAAGAAAGACUAAUGAAGAUAAUAUCGUCUCGAUCAAGAACGUCAUUUUAGCUUUGACUUGGAAGUUUUCUACUUUUAACUGCUGUAUUGUUGAUGUUGAAGGAAUGGUCAUCAAUUGCGGAACUGCUAACGAUGUUCUCAAUUCGUUGGCUGGUCCGAUAAAAAGUAAUGGUAAUCAACCAUUCUCUCCAGAUCUUUUACACCAAUUAUGGUAUCGGCAAAAACAGAAAAUAUGCAAAAAUGUUGGGGUUGUUGUUUUAUCAAACUCAUCCAUGGAGAAUGGUAAAUCAUGUCUUUUUAGCGAUUAUCGAAUAUUCGCUGAUGCAGGCAAACGGCAUCCAAAUGAAUUAAAAAUAAAAGUAGGCUUUCUGAAUGUAGAUUAUAGUGAUAAUAUCAAAGAACUCGUUGAAAUUCAGGACUGGAACGAAUUGCUUGAAGCUGUUGCCUAUAGUUUUAAUUUGAGCUUUGAUGAUGAUUUAGAUAGUAGUGACUGUGUCAGUACCUCCUCUAGUGAUUUUGAAGUGGAUUCAGUUCCAGAUAAGAAUAGAACAUUCCGGCUUUCAUCACCUAUAUCCUGGGAAAAUCACGUACAGGCUGACUUGACAGGAUCUAUGAAUGGUAUUAGUGAAUCUAUUGAAGACCGGCAAUCAAAUCAUAUGUACGACUAUUUAUAA